UGACAGGGGCCCUUCACCCGUUUUCUUACCUCUGUUUGGCGCGUAUAUUUGAAGAUGGAGCUGAACGCCCUGGAAUUGUUGAAAUUAACAGAUGUAUCAAAAGCUUGGGUGGACGCGGUAUGGGAAGCGGAAUUCUGUGAGACAGAACAACUGGACGCUGUUAUUGUGGAAAAAAUAACAGAAGGAGGAACAAAUGUUUUCAAAACUGUACACACUGAACUGCUGCCGUUUGCAAACGACACAACAGGAAAUACACAGAAUGUCUGGAUCUUGUUGAAAGAAAAUGACAUCUCCGUCAAAACUCUUGUGGCAGUCAUGUCCCAUUUCAUCCUUGAGGGAAAGUCAACAAACUCUAACUUGGAGGAGAGGCUGCAUGCGCUGCAAGCAGCUUCGCUUUACCUACUGCUGUUGAGGAUUCCAGGUAGUGUAGCCAAUCAAGUUUUUCACCAAAUUCUGUUUGAGAGCUCCCUUGGACUCAUCCAGAAAUGUUGGCCAAAAGACUCGUCUGGAAAGAAACGCAAGAAAGACCCCCCAAGUAACUCCCAAGGCAAACCAAAGGGACGGAAACGUGCCAAGCCUCAGAAAAAGAACCAAAAAAAGAUGGAUGAUGAUGAUGAUGAUGAGGAUGAUGAUGAGAAGGAUGACGACCCAAAUGUUGACAUGGAGACCUCAUUCUCUACUCGAGAGCUGUUGUGUAUACGAAAUGAAAUUGAAUCUGUGGUCAAAACUUUGCUCCACCUCCUGAAGAGCGGUUCUCUCCAACACAGGCCCCAAUGUGUUAAUGAGUGUGUGCGGAUUUUGACUGAGCUCACUCACUUUGAGCCAACCAUUGAAGAGAUCUUGUUUUCAAAUUCAGUGACCAUUGACAGAAUGAAGACCCUGCCGGAGCUGGCCUAUCAUGGAUUGUGGAUACUCUGCUCCAGUCGUGGAGCUGGGGACACGUGUCUGAGGUCUGUGUUCCGGCGGCUGCUGUUCGUGAUUCUCAUGAUGAGCAAAGAUGACAUGCAGUCCAAGCCCACCCUGCUGUUGCCAUCGCAUGCCGUUGUUGCCGCGCGGAACCAGGCCAUACGGUUUGUCAGUCACGUUGUUGAUGAGCUGAAGGAUGCUGCCAUGCCUGUGCUCUACAUCUUGGCUCAGCACAUUUGCGACAAGAUGGUGGAGAAAGUGGACUACCGUACCAAAGGGGCCCAGGCUGUGGGGCAGCUGGUGGCUAAGAUGUCCCUGGCAAGGCGGGCAAACUUCAUCCGGUGGCUGUACAGCUACUCUCUGAAACCACAGAUGGCGUAUCGGAUGUUUGCUCUGGACGUUGUCAUGGUGCUGCUGGAGGUGGUGGAGGAGCGGCCUGAGCAUCAGGAGCUGCCUCUGGAGGCGGGGCAGGCAGAGUUACUGACGCGGCGCUUCCUGGUGCAGACGCUGGUGUUCGGCCGCAGCUCUGACGUGUCGCCCACCGUCCGCGCCCAUGCCCUGCACUGCCUCUCCCGCUGUCUGGACCUCCAGUCACAAAACACCACCAGAUAUGUGCAGGAGCUCUUCCAAGCUAGUGCUGUGGAGUCCAGGAACCUCCUGGAGAUGGAAGGCAGUGAAGGUGCUGGGACCACCUACCAUGGCCUCUCUACCUUCAGGACGAUUCAGCACACAAACGCCAACACAUCAGACGAGUCUCAGGACACAAUAGAGCUGUUAAAGCAGCGUGUGUCAGAUGCCAAGAGCAGCGUCAGAAAGGCUGCUUUGGAGGCCAUUACAGGCUUACUGAAGCACAACGUGAUCGUCUGCAGUAAGGGGCACCUGACCCUGCUGUCCGAGCGCUGCAGAGACUCCUCUGUCCAGGUGAAGAAGAAGGCCAUGCAGUGUCUGACCGAUCUGCUCAUUUCGUGUCCAGACCGGAGCCUGGUGCAGGUGGCAUGGCUGCGUGGUGUGGUGGUGUCUGUGAUGGACGCAGAGACGUCUGUGCAGGAGAAAGCUCUGGAGCUGCUGGACCUGCUCAUCCUGCAGCACAUUAAGGACCCACGCCACUACGCCGACACGGCCCAGAGGCUGGCCUGGGACCUGCUGGGGCUCAUGUGCGAUCAGUGUGCGGACCUCGGCUGUUACUUCCGUAAAGCCUUCCGCAUCUGGUCCAGACAGAAGAAGUUUUCCACAGCGUUUGUAAACACGCUUAUCAAGCACACGGAGACGGAGCACGCCCCUGUGGCCUGGAUGCUGCUGUCCCAAGUGACCAGAGCGGCCCCUGGCCUCGACUACGAGACCAUCCUGAACAAAUGGGACAACAUGCUCCAGAUGAAGGAGGUGAGGGUGGACACCACUUGCCACAUCCUGUCUGUGAUUGGUGACAUUGCCGAGCACAUUAAUGACAUCACCAGAGAAACGAUUGUGGAAGAGGUGAUGGGGCUGCUGAGGAGCUGUGCGAUGCCCUCCGACAUCACUCAUGCUGGGGUGGAGGCGCUGUGCAGGCUGGGCCGUGCGGAACACAAAGAGGUGCCUGAGUUCCAGGACUUCAUGAAUAAGCAUUGUGGUGAGCUAGUGACCAUCUGUCAAAACUAUUUAUCCAACGCCGUCAAAGCAGCAGAGGACAUUGAUACGCAGAUGGUGGUGAGGCACUUGUACAUGCUGGGUAAAGCAUCACUGCACUGCCCUGAGAAAGUGGGGGAGCGGGUCUUCGCUCUUGUGCUCUCCUUCCUCACCACGGCUGUGGAGAUACAGCCAGAAGGCUUUACAGAGCUGCCCGGCAGUCAGCCCCUGUCUCAGUUCAAGCUUACCCACAUGCCAUCUGUGGUGCAAGCUCAUGCAGUUGUCACCUUAGGCCAGCUGUGUCUGCAGCAUGAGCAGCUGGCCCAUCGCUGCCUGCCAGCCUUUGCUCGUGUGCUGGAGGAGGGCCAGCACAUGACCGUCCGCAGCAACGUGGUCGUGGUGCUGUGUGACCUGUGCGUGCGCUACACCAACAUGGCAACGCUCUACGUCCCCAACAUCUCCGCCUGCCUUGCCGACCCCGUGCCCGACGUGCGGGAAAAGACCCUCAUCAUGCUCACCAAUCUGUUGCAGGAGGAGUUUCUUAAGUGGAAGGACUCUCUCUUCUUCCGGUAUGCAGUGGUUUUGGCUGAUCCUGUCCGUGAGAUUGCGAGGCUUUGUGAGUACUGUUUGGUGGAUCGGCUCCUGAAGAAGAACCCACAGAUGUUCUAUCAGCACUUCGUUGAGUGCAUCGUCCACUUUAACUCCUAUGACAAGCACAGCAAGUACAACCAAUUCCCCCAGACUGAAAGUGAGCGGUCCCGGUUCUCUCUCCGGGGUCAGUUGAACCAAGGCAAGCGAUUCAAGAUCUACAAGUUCCUGCUGAAGAACUUCACUGAUGAGCAGCGCUUCAACACCACCAACAGAAUCAGCAAGGAGAUCCUGGCUGGUUUCGUGGACCAGACGUUGCCCUUGGACGAGGACGGCGCUGCGUUGCUGUCGGAUACAUUUGACGUUUUGAGUUUGAAGGAGCUGAAGCUGUCUGCCGCCAGCGCAGCAGAAGGUGCAGACGAGCCUCAGGACGAGCAGGCCAUUCUAGUCAAGACCAUGCAGAAGAAGCUCAUCUCACAUGCCCAGAAGAAGAACUUAAUGGAGAACGUCAUCCCCAUCGUCCUGGGGCUUAAGAACAUGCUGGAAGAGAAGCGUUCACCUGUGCUGGGCAACCUCAUGAGCUAUCUACAGCUGAUCACAGAGGACUACCGGGCUGAGCUGAAGGAGGUGUUUGCGGCUGACAUGCAGCUGGCUGAGGAGCUGGAGUUUGGCCUGAAGCAGUACCAGAAACAGCAGGGGGGGGACGCCCUGGAGCACCAGCUGCAGCGCCUCACCUUCACCAAGACCACCCCUCAUCCUGCCACUCGUAAAAGUCGCCGUGGCCCACGUGCCUCUGCACCAUCUGAUCAAGGCUUCACUCCUGGCCGCGCUGUUCCAUCCAGCUCAAACCCCACUGGGCUGCCAAGGCACUCUGAAGGGAGAGAGACCAGUGAUGCACAGCUGUCAGUAGACACAUCUGUUUCAGCAGUAGAGCUGAACAGGAAUAUUGGAAGAGCCAUCAGCACUCCACAAGUGGGCAUGCACGACUUGACGUUUGGUGGAGCGUUCAGUGCCAUCAGAUAUCACAAGAGCAAAGAGACACCGCAAGAGGAGGAGAAAGAUGUCUUUCAUGUGACUCUGGGGGAAGAGACCCCAAGGCAGUGGAAUAUCCAGUCCCCUCUGCGCAAGAACCCACUUCGCAAAAUUAAAUGAACAGUGUUGCUCUGUACUGCUUUCUAUUCUGGCUUUCUGAUAUAAAUGUCUUGUUUUGUCCACCUUACCUUUUCUUUUCUAUAUACUUUCAUCUGAAUAAACUAUUUACACUCUUUAAAACACUUUAAAA